UGGAGUGCUUCUUCCGACUCACUCACUCACUUACUCACUGCGCCCUUUGGUUCCUUUUUCACCUCUGUUGGGCUACGGGGGUUCUUACACUGUUGGGGGGCACAGUGUGUUGGCACAAUUUGGGGUGGAUCGAUGCGCGGCGUGGCCUGCAGGUGAUGAGCAGGGGAGUUUUCGAGCAACGGUGGAAUUUGCUUGCAGGUCAUGCAGUGUGCGGAUGAGAGUAGAGUGUGGACGUAGAUGCGGAGUUUUUUUUAUUUGUUUGUUUGUUUUUAUUUAUUUAUAACUGGGUGGGUGCGUGCGCGCAUGUUGGUGGUAUCUUCAUCACCAAGUUUGCCUCUACGAAUCGACCCCGUAUCAGUUUCGUUUAAUUAGUGGUUGUUCGAGAAGACCCGCGGCGCUAUGUCAUCGUUGGUUCGGUGUUUGGAUAUCCGCUUCCAGGGCUUGUUUUCUCAGUAAUUGUAGGAGAUUUUUUUGGUAGUCAUCGAGGAAUGAGGUUCCUUCAAGGUUCCCGUCGAGCGUAGGACGAGGAUUUUGUGUUGGUGUUAGUGAGAGCGGAGUUGGAGUCUUAUUGGAGUUCAGAAGGAUUGCAUGUGAAUAUGCUGCUGCUCAGGACUUGUACGUGAAGUGGCCGAAACAUGUGCUUGAGUCGGUGAGAUUUGUAUCUACUUGCCGCUGGCGCACCAUUCGUCUUUGAUUCAUUGAAAGCGAAUUCUUAGUGCCAUCACACACACAUGUCUCCGAGACGUAUCAAACGAUUUUAUGCGUUUCCAACAGGCCAAGUCUACAAUUCGGGUUUAUGACAACCAGUGGAGGCCUUCUAAUGCUAAUUUAAUUACGUGAACUUAGGCAGUAUCUCGUCGUGGUUAGCAGCUUAAUAUCUUCUUAGUCUCAUCACGAUCAUAAAAAAGCGGUAGCGAUCAUACGUAACUAAGCGUGAAGCUCCAUCUCACACUCCAAGCAUGCUGCACUAUUGGAAACACUUGUUUUAGGAUACUUGACUUCUGACCCUACAUGCCAGUGUAACCAUUGACUGGUCAUCAAAUAGCUAGCGCACGAACAUUGGAAGACUGAAUCAAUGUCAUUGCGUUCAUGUUGUGCCUAGCAUCUCAUGCCUAACAUUAUUUAAAUGCUAUCAAUUCCUACCAGGUUACCAUGUGGGAGGGUUUUCAUCAGAAGUUGUUCAAGCACGACAGAUAAGAAUGUUAUGUAAAUAGAGUGCCUUAUUUGUUUGUGAAUAAGGUUGGUGACGUUAUUGGCCGUGGCCUUCACAGGUGAGGUGGGUUUCUGUAGCUGUAACGACACAGUUUGGAUUAUCUCUGGACACUCCAAUUAUUGCAUUGGCUUCCACUUGAGUUCCUCUCGCCUAACUACUCCCCUCCAGAACCGUUCCUACACCCCUCUAGUAACCAGCGAUCAGCCAUGACCAGAUGAUUCACUUUCAGACCUUUCCACCUCAAUGAUACUAUGAGUCACAACAAUAGGCUUGGCAUCAAGGCCAUAAACCAUCCCCAUCCUCAUCGUUUCUACUACUGCCGAGUGAUUCCUUCCCUAGCAAGCCGGCUUCUUCGGGGGUACAAUUCAUCGGUGGUAUGAUCCCCAGGUCGUUCAGUCGGUAACAGCUUCAUGCGUGCGGAUUCAGAGUUUGAAAGAGAAGGAGAGGAAUCACGCUGGCGUCCCCAGGAGGAGAGGGAUCGUGGAGACCGAGUUGGUCCCUGAGAACUGACGAGCUGGUCGACAGGGGGAGGCGGCCGAAGGAGCAGUCAGCGGGUAGAGACGAGGAAUUCGCAACCGGUGGGAUAAGCCAGGAGGGUGGACAACAGCAAUUGGAUCAGAGGGAGGUCGAAGAGGGCUGGGCCGGUUCGCCUCAUGGGGAGCUAGAAUUGCAGGAACCAUCACUUAGAGAACAAGGAGGCUGGUUGAGAGAUAGUGAUCAGUUGGGAAACUGGGGUGCAGGCAGACGAGAAUCUCAAGCAGGCAGUGCAGGCCGCACGAAGAGGACGGUGGAAGAGAAACACCAGCGUGUGGGGUUGAGCGAUUUAGAAUCGGCGGCAAGGGACUCAGCUAGGUCGCGAUCCUCCUUGGGCCAGGGUUCAACAACGCAGAGAGAAGGAUCCGGCGGGCACGCUACCCCCAUGAGCAGUGGUGCCCCAUGCGGGGCUUGCAAAUUUUUGAGAAGGAAAUGCGUUCGUGGUUGCAUCUUCGCUCCCUACUUCGGAGCGGAGCAAGGUGCAGCCAGGUUUGCAGCUGUUCACAAAAUUUUCGGUGCCAGCAAUGUAGCGAAGCUCUUGCUACACAUCCCAGUGUCAAGGCGGUGCGAUGCAGUACUCACUAUCAGUUACGAGGCCCAAGCCCGUCUCUCGGAUCCCGUUUACGGUUGUGUGGCCACCAUCUUCGCCCUUCAACAACAGGUAGCAAGUUUACAAGCGGAGCUAGCGAUGGUGCAAGCUCAACUCGUCAACAGACAAGCGGUGGCACACCAAAUUCACCAGCACCAACAGCAACAUCACCAGCACCAUCAUCACUUGCAACAACACGAGCAGAUCGGCACCAUUUCUCCUGGACAUGUAGUACCCUCGUCGGCGUAUAUGCAGCAACAAGAACACGCCCAGAUGUCGCCCUCCGACAUCUCCAUGUCGAUGCCGAGCGGGUCGGGAUCUCAUGGCCCGGGUUCCUAUAACUCUCGAGUCAAAGAAGAAGGUAACAGCUUCCUCGGAAUGCAGCAUUACGCUGACUUGGGAAUGGGGUCCAGCAGCCUCGAACCAAUGCCUGAAAAUCAACACAGCCUGCUCAGCAAUCUACAUAAGGCGCGCGGGAGCGGCGAGAACAUGGAGCAGACUGAUCAUGAAGGCGAGCUUCAAGCUCUCGCUUCACUCCUUCGACGAAAAUAGAUCCAAAAAUUGCAAGCUAAUUUGCAAAACCUGUCUGGAUGCAUUUUCACCCGCAUCCAUUCCAGGCUCAUCCCCGGAAAACGAAGUCAAGAUUCCAUUCGGUACUACUAGUUGCAUUAACUCCUCAGCACAAUCGGCCUUAGUUGUUUAUCAGGUUACAUGAGAAACUUCAUUUUGGGAAAUAUGAAGUGUCCAGUGCAGCAGCGCAAUCUUUGGUACGAGGGAUCGACUGGAAGUAGGCGCUGAAGUAAUGGAUACUUAACAUGUGACCUUUUUCAGUCGAUUACAUGGUGCAACAGCGAGCAUGGAUCAGAAGGUUUUAAUCCAGGUAUGACCAGCCGCAGAAAAAUGUGAGAACCUUAGUGCAGCAUUAUCCAGUUAGUCCAUCCAAAAGCAUCAUAAAAAAGUAGGUUGGUAGAUUUACCAGUGCAGGUUUACGAGAGGCACCCGUAGUAGCUACGUCUAGUUGCAUGCACGAGGUAGAAUUCAUUCCACCUGGUGAGAAUCAGAUAGAGGUACUGAGGGAAGGAAAUAUUCCUUGUAGAUCACAGUAGAGGGUAAACGGAGUGAAAGAUCCACCUGACUCAGUGAUCGUCGAUCGAUCCACAAGUUACACGGUAGUCACUAGGAGUCACGCGUGAGUGACUACUGGCAGGCGAGUGUGACCUGCCAGCACUAUGGAUUUUAUCUUCUUAGAUAAUAGUUCUUUUAAGUUUCCAUGAGGAAAUUUACUAGAUCAGAAGAAGGAAAAAAAAUAAAAAUACGAUAUGUCGGUGGGUGCCUGUUGGAUACUUCGCUGCUUGUUUUCCCAACACUACUUUUAAUCUUAGAGUUAGGUUGGUUCAUCCAAA